CCUAGAGGCUCCACGAGGCCCCACAGGAGCCUUCGGUAGCCAGUUUGGCUCAAGUCGAGUCUGCCCGACCAGUUCCAGCAGGGACCGCGCUGAUUACAUCACAGCAUCAAGCUGAUUUUCGACACUGAGAUGAGAAAGUUAUUUGUUUACGGUGUUCCUGUACUCGGACCGUUGCUCGGGACAGACAAGGUGCCGAGUUUCGAAGAUGUCGACAAGCUCAUGAUGGCGCUGGCAUUGGUACAAGGGCUUUUGCUAUCCUGUCUCGCUGGGACUUUUCAGUCAGUAUUGACAUGCUCCGACGAUGCCGAAGAGCCUGACGAGCAGCAGCACCAGAAAGUUUUGGCAAUAAAUUCUAUGGUUUGGUCUUUUGAUUGCUUGUGCUUGGCCAUCCUUUUCACAGUUAUCACAUACGCCUACAUUGUGUAUUUAAUCGACUCACCAGACGGUGACACUGUAGACGUGAAACGGAUGGAAGUGUUCUGGACAGCCGGGGGGAGAUUUGUUAUGGCAGGGAUUGUAGUGUUCACGGUCACCGGGGCUUCAUUAUAUUCGUGGGGGGUCAACCGGGCACUUGCGUGCAUGUAUGGUGACCUACACGGUGGCCAGUGGGGCAUGGUUGGCUUCCUCCCAGGCAACCUUGCGAUGCCGUCGGUUGCAUGCUUUGGUACGAUGUUGAUUCACGUAUCCUUUAGGAAGAUGUUGAUGGAACAUCUGGAUGACCUGCCUGGAGGGGCAGCCGGUGAAGAGGUAAGCCUUACCAGUGGCAGGACCCGCUAGUUUGCCUCCUGCUGUUCCUCCUCGAGCCAACUGUCGGGGAGCGCGUUGGCCGCGCCACCAGGUCGUCAGCGCGCGCCCCGCGGGCUCGGAGGAGCAAGGCUUUGUGGUGCACAGUACCGCGAGGGCCGAUCCUAAUUAGUCUCAGGCUGUUUUUCUCCAGAUUUUCACGUGCGGGCUCCUUGAUACGUGCUUCAUGCCGAUUUCACAAGCAGCGUCUCCAUGCUCGCUGUUUCUUUGGCGAGGGUGACAAGAGGAGAGAAGACGACACGCAGGAGCAGGAGUAGGAGGGCUCACUUCCUGCUUUCUGUCCUCCGCUGAAGCAUGGCCUGCUGGCGAGUGGCGCGUCGGCCGCUGUUCGUCCCUCCGACAUGCAAGCCGCAAGUCGGAGGCAAAGACGUAGCAAAUCAUGUGAUGUUUCGCGGAGAGUGAAAAAUCGCCCGACCCGAAUAUGGACGAGGAGAAG